CACUUCAUUUAUGUCCAACUUGAUCAUAACUACACACAACUUGAACUGCCUGCACUGAGAGAGAAAACUUGAUCACAAUGAAGAACAAUGUGAAGUUAUUGCUGUCUGUGACAGUGCUGCUCUCCUUAGCCACCACACAAACAGGUGCUAUGGAGAGUCAGGAUAGCCUUCAAGAGCUGGAGCAGGUCAGAGAAAAGAGACAGCUUUCAAAUCAGACACUGAGAGUCACCACCAUUCUGCAAAGUCCAUUUAUUAUGGCCAAGCCUUCGGGAGGUUUCGAAGGAUUCUGUAUCGACUUGCUUCAAAUUUUCGCAGAAAAGUUAAAAUUACGCUAUGAGAUCAAACUUGUGAAGGACGGUUUCUAUGGAAGAAGACUGGAAAAUGGCAAAUGGACCGGAAUGUUGGGGGAAUUGAUGGCAGAAGAGGCAGAUGUGGCCAUCGCUCCAUUGACUAUCACCAUGGAACGUGAGAGGGUGUUCAGCUUCACCCGUCCAUUCAUGUCUGUGGGAAUUAGCAUCCUGAUACGUAAAGACUCCAACAACCAGGGUGCCAGUCUUUUCCAGUUCCUGAGCCCAUUCUCAGCUAACACCUGGCUCAGCCUUCUCAUCGCCUACAUCUUGACCUGUUUCUGCCUGUAUCUUGCAGCAAGACUGAGUCCCAAUGAGUGGAGGGAGCCUGAAGUUGAAAAUACCCAUUUCUCACUGUUUGACAGUUUCUGGUUUGGAGUCGGAGCUCUCACUCUACAAGGUGUGGGGCCACAUCCCAGAGCUCUGUCCACACGUAUCAUUGGGAUAACCUGGUGGCUGUUCGGCAUUGUUUUCCUGGUAGCGUACAUUACAUAUUUUGCAGCCUCAUUGAAUUCAGAGACUCAGGGACCACUGAUCAAAUCCUUUGCUGAUCUUGCAGAACAAAAUGAAAUUGACUAUGGCACAGUAUAUGGUGGUUCAACGUUCUCAUUCUUCAAGCUCUCAAAGAUUCCAAUCUACCAUAAAAUCUAUGAAAAAAUGAACAGUAAAAGUGAUUCUGUCUUAGUUCAUACAAUGGAAGAAGGGAUACAACGAGUGCUCAACUCCAACUAUGCCCUGAUUGGUGAAUCCUCAACAAUAGACCUGGCUGUUGCAGAGCACUGCAACUUGAUGAGGGUUUCCAACUUUGCAGCUAUUAGGGGAUAUGGAAUUGCUACUCGCCUUGGUGACCCACUUAGAGACUAUUUGACUCAUACCCUUUUGGAACUUGAGGAAUCUGGACAACUCCAGCAGCUGCAAGCGAAAUGGUGGAAAUCUUCAUGUAGUGUUGAGCACUCAGCAGAAUGGAGUCCACUGAAAGUAAACCAGAUUGGGGGCACCUUCCUCUUUCUAGCAAUUGGAUUGUCAUUGGCCUUAGUUGUCGCUUGCAUCGAAUUGGCUGUCAAAUCAAGAAAAAAGGCUGAUCAAGAUGUAUGUAUUCCAGUAAUUCCUCCUUCCAAACCCCAAAGAAAUCCUGUUGCAGAAUCUUCACUGAAGAACUUAGUCUUCGGUUUAAAGGGAGAAGUGAGGCCAAUAAAAAGACCAAGGCCUGAAGACCACUCAGUAAAGGAUGUCUGUUCACUUUGAUGAUCCAAUCUAACCCAUUUCAAUUCUUCUUCUAAUGCAAGUUAUAAAUUGAAUCAAAUGCUAACCUAGAAAAUUAUAGCAUAUAACUAAACGUCCAACCUUGAAAGAGAUUAUUAAUUAUUUUAUGUAACUAGAAAUUGGUAAUUAAAAAGUUGAAAUGCACAGUAAA